AUGGCAUCCGUCGCGAACGAGAUCGCUUCCACCAUACAGAGCGCCCACAUCAAGCACGAUCCAUCUCCGGAGCACGACAUUAACCCCUCGACGGCCGCGUCCCAGAAGAUCCCCGGCGAAGUCGAGGCCAUCUCCCCCCCGCGUUCUCGCUCACACUCCCUAAGCGGCUCUGAGUCCACCCUACCCAGCGACAUCAUCCGCGCUCGUCCCCGAAGCAGGUCUUUUCCCCCAAUCCCCGACUUCCGCUUCGAGCAGUCUUACCUCGCGAGCAUCAAGUCCGCAGACACCAACUGGAAGGUCGCCUUCAUCACCAUCCGCGACCAGGUGUUUUUGCCGCUGGCGCAGGGGAUACUGUGGAACUUGCUCAUGUUCGGAUGGCGUCACUGGAACCGUGGGACCAAGUUCCAGGGCCGGAGCCUGGGCGCAAGGGUCAGGAAGUGGUGGUGGGGUGUCAACAACUGGAAGCUCCCGGACACGGAGGCGACGCGACUGAAGAAGCAGAGUGAUAGGCAGGUGUUGCAGAAGGUCGAAGACUUCUUCGUCGAUCGAUUCGGAACCAGCCUGGGCGAUUGA